CUAAACGGCGGGAAACCAUAGGACCUUCCCGCUCCGGCCACACUUCGUUCCUCCUCCGCCGCAGCCAGUCCGCCCGCCGCCACCUCUAUUGCGCUUCCGCCGCGGCCACUGCAUGCGAAUCUCAGGUCCCAAAGCUCCACCACCACCGCGGCGAAUCUUCCCGGCCCCUUGCUCAGGGAUUUUGUCGGCCCGGCAGUUGCCUGUUGGUCGGCGCGGUUUAUCUUGGUGCGGAGGAGCUGGUAAUGGGGGCCGCCGCUUCUUCCACUUCCAGCAUGGGUAAUGACAGCCAUGACACCUAUGGAAAUACAUCAGAUCUCAAAUCGAAGAACGAAGAUAGUAAAGGGCCAAUUGAUAUGCAUUCUGUGCCAACUACAGAACAAGCAAUAAAGAAUGGAGAGAAUGCACGAGCUAUCCAUGAUGCAGCACAGAUGGAAAAGAAGAGAAGGGCUGUUGAGUGCAUAGCAGCAUGGUUCAAUGAAGCCGGAAUUCCUUUUAAUACUGCCUGUCUUAAGAGCUUUGACUUAAUGUUAGAAGCAAUUGCACAAUGCAGCCCUAGUUUACAGGGACCCUCUCUGGAUGAGCUCAAUGGACCAUUACUGAAAAGAGAAGUUUUAGCUAUUAAUGAUUCGAUUGAUGCACUGAAGAAAUCUUGGGAAUCGGAAGGAUGUUCUAUUAUUGUUGAUGAACAGGUUGAUUCUGAUGGAAACCGCAUGUUAAACUUGGCGGUCCAUUGUUCAUUGGGUGUCUGUUUCCUUCGUUCCAUCCAACUUCCUUCAGGCAGCUGCGGUCAAGCAUUACUUUUACAACUAGUUGACUCGUGUAUUGAAGAAGUUGGAGAGAAAAACGUGGUGCAAGUCAUCACAAACAUUCAUUCAGAACUGAAAUCAGAAAAAAUGCUUACUGUAAAGAGGCCCAAUAUGUUUUGGACUUACUGUGCUGCAAGUUGCAUUAACGCGAUGCUUGAAGAUAUAGGGUAUAUACUCUAAAUACUAUACAUCAUGGAGAGGGACGCCUGGGAGCGUCGGGAUACCAUGGGCUUGACACCUGUCCCGAAAACAUAGCGCGACGCGGUCCCUGGAUUCGCUGGUUUGUGGCUGCCCCCGCACAUUGACUUCCUGUGGUAAAACCGCCUUGCCGCCUGUUGCGGCCGAACCGCCUCGCCGCUUGGGUUUCGCUUGGAUCCCCCGCUACGUCUCCACAGUCAAACGCCGCAUCUCACCUGGCUUCGUUUUUCGUUUUUGUUCCUCUCCCACGGAGGCGGUGGAGACGACAAGGUCGACCGACCGCGGCCGGGGCCGUCCGCCCGCGUGCCGCUCGCCGCCCGCCCGCGUGCCGCUCGCCGCGCGCCUGCCCGCGCGCCGCCACGUCGGCGUCCUUGCCGCCGUACGUCCUCGCCGCGUUCUGCCCGUGCCCGAGGACCAGCUCGUGGAUAGACAAGGCAUCAAAUCGAAUAGAGGAUGGUCACAACUUUGAAUAAUUCAUGACAAGGCAUCAACCAAGUCGAAUUGAGCCGAGUCAGUGACGAAGCACAUGGAUAGACAGUGAAUCCCACGGAUUGAAACCAAGAAAAGCUCAAAUCGAAUAGAGGAUGGUCAAAGAACAGAGCAAGAACUCACUGGAAAUCGCAGCAGCGGCACAAUCCAGUCCCGGCAGCCACAGCACGGCGCCUCGAGGAACUGCUCCAGCUGCCGCUCAGCACCGCCCAACGGGUCCCCGACCUUCGCGCGGACGGCGGCGCGCGCGAGCCCCGCGCUGCAGUCGCACAAGGGUCACGCGGCGGCCCUGGUGAAGCAGCCGCGGAGGCUGCCGCGAGGCAGGGCAGGCUCGGCGAGCGCGACGCACGGGGCAUGCUCCGGAGGGUGCACGGCGAGGCCAGCGUGGAGCCCGAGGACGUCAAGGGCCGGAACGUGCUCCUCGGCCGCGGUGAGGCUGCCGGCGGCGCGAAGCUCGCUGAUUUCGGCGCGGCGAGACAGCUAUCGGAGGUGGCGCCGCCCCCUCCGGCCGGCCCCGGGCGGCGCGUGUUCGAGGCCCCGCGGC